CCGAGGCGAGGACGGAGGCAUACGGCGCGCAGGAGCAUAGGCGUGGGGCCCGAGAGGUCCUGCCGAGGUUGGUCCAUGAGAGCUCUUCCUGGAAGGCAGGUGGUGUGGCCCUGAAGACAUUGGCAGCUGGCAUCCUGAGGACCUUGGCGUGAUCACUAAUGGGCCCGGUCGGUUUGCACAACAUUGGACAGACCUGCUGCCUUAACUCCCUGAUUCAGGUGCUGAUUAUGAAUGUGGGAUUAACCAAGAUACUGAAGAGGAUGACAGUGCCAAGGGGAGCUGAGGAGCAGAGGAGAAAUGUCCCCUUCCAGCUGCUCUUGCUGCUGGAGAAGAUGCAGGACAGCCGGCAGAAGGCGGUGCAACCCAUGGAACUUGCCUACUGUCUCCAGAAGUACAAUAUACCAAUGUUUGUCCAGCACGAUGCUGCCCAGCUCUACCUCACCGUCUGGAACCUGAUCAAGGACCAGAUCACGGAUGUGGACUUGGUGGCGAGGCUGCAGGCCCUCUAUACCAUCCGCGUGAAGGAGACCUUCGUCUGCCUUGAAUGUACCACGGAGCAUGUCAGGAACAGCAGCAUGCUGACCCUCCCCCUUUCGCUGUUUGACAUGGACUCAAAGCCCCUGAAAACCCUGGAGGAUGCCCUGCACUGCUUCUUCCAGCCCAGGGAGUUGUCCGGCAGAGACAAGUGCUUCUGUGAGAACUGUGGCAGGAAGACCUGUUGGAAGCAGGUCCUGAAGCUGAGCCGCCUGCCCCAGACCUUGACCCUGCACCUCAUGCGGUUCUCCAUCAAAAAUCUGCGGACAGAAAAAGUCUGCCACUCACUGUAUUUCCCCCAGAGCUUGGAUCUGAACCCGCUCCUUGAGACGGAGGAAGAGCCCUGUGCUGCUGAGGGGCAGCCUGGGGGACGGUACGAGCUCUUCGCUGUGAUCGCCCACAUGGGGCUGGCCGACUUCGGUCACUACUGCGCCUACGUCCGGAGCGCCGCGGAUGGAAAAUGGUUCUGCUUCAAUGACUCCAAUGUCUGUUGGGUGUCCUGGGAAGACAUCCAGUGUACUUAUGGAAAUCACAGCUUCCGCUGGCGGGAAACUGCAUAUCUUCUGGUUUACAUGAUGGCUGAGUCCUGACUGAUGCAUCUAUACCUUCAGAGACUUACGGAGUAUCAUUUUCCUUUUCUCUUCCUGGGUCUGCAGACUUCGAUUCUGUGGUGAAGAGAGUCACCAUUUUCAGGUUGUUUAAUGAAACUUUAUUUAUAAUCAGUGGUGAUUAUAACACUAUUUAACAGUGACCUUGUGCAGGUCUGGAUCAGCACCAGCACCAGUGGACCCUGGCUGCAUGGUUAGCAGGUCCUGAGCCCUUCUGCUGUCAAGGCAGUGGACUUUUAGUUAGGAGAUUGUAGCAUCCAGGUGCUCCCAGGGGAGGAGAGGCCAAGCCCGCAGUGGGAGGGGGAGCUGGUCAGGUGGCAGGGGCCAAGCUCAUGUGACUGUACUGGCAUGUCCUGGUUGUAUUUCACUUCUGUUUGUAAUUUGAAAAAUUUUUAGAAGCUGUAUCAAUUACAUAAAACUCAAGUGCUUUGUAAUUGUUAUUCAUUUAUUUGACACAUAUGUAUUGGUCACCGACUCUCCAGGAGAUGGUAUGCUGGCCACAAUGAGGAAUAAAAUUCUUUCUCUCAAAA